CCCGACCAACUAAGUUACUAAAAUACUAAAAACCCACCGUAAAAACACAUAAACAAAAGAUCAAAAAUUGAGAAAGGAAAAAAGAACGGGAUGGGUUCCAUCUAGGGUUACCGUCAGUGACAAAACUUCCGAUCUAAGACUAAUACUAGGGUUUCUUUUUCGUUCCCUUGUUAACUAUUCAGCUGGUCAAAAACUACUUUACGAUGUCGAAAAAUAGAUGUUCAUCGAAGAGGAUCUAUCAUUGUGGGGAAGUUGCAAAUCACUUUACUUCAAAAAUUCUCUUAAACCCCGGUAGAAGAUUUUAUAAAUGUCCUAAACCUGAGAAUGAAGGAUGUGGGUUUUGGGAAUGGCAUGAUGAAGAGUUUCCUGAUGCUGCGUUAAUUGCAGUUAAUAAUGUAAGAUUAAAAGCUGCAAAUCACGAGAUUAAGAUGUUGAAUGUUUCUUUGGAAGUUCUUAAGGUUGAAAGAAACGGACUGACUGAAAAGAUUGAACUCAUAGAGGCUAUGAAGAAUUUUGAAGUUAAAAAAACUAUGGAAUUGGAAGACAAAGUGGUGAAGUUGAAAUGAUCAUCAUAAUUUUAUG